AUGGCCUCGACAUCGGACGCGGCGCUCAAGGAAGAAAUUGUCCGACUAACAGGUGCAAUCAAUCAACAUAAAUCGACUCAGCAAUCCGUCGGAUCCUUCUCAGCCCCAAGGAGCAAUGCAUAUUCUAAUCCAAAGUAUAAACCGCCAGCAUCUUAUAGACCCUCCGAAUAUCAGAAACCGGCAUCGAAGUUCAUCCGCCCGUCCACAAGACCACCUCAUCCACCUCAGGCCUCGUCUACCCAUGAUGUUGUUAUCGAUGGCGUGACUUUCGAAUCGUCAACCAGAUCUCUCGUGCGUAAAGAUUUGCCAAAGCCUCCAUCUGCUCCACCCAAGGCUCCACUUCGGUCAAUUCCCCAGCAAGUAGAUUUCUCCAGAACAACAAAAGGACAUUUGAUCCCGGCUGGCCGUGCGUACAAGCCCAAGGCUCCAUCGCGGAUUCGUCAGCGCCGCCCAAGAAACCGGAACAUGACUCUAGAUAACACUCGAGGUUCCCAACAACGCAGAAAUAAGCGCAUGAAAUACCUGGACAAACCCUGUUCCCGCUUCACAACUACAGGUACCUGUAGCCGUGGUCUUACUUGCAUGUACCAGCAUGACCCUAACAAGAUCGCCAUCUGCUGGAACUUUUUGCAUGGCAACUGCUCCAGCUCGGCUGAAACCUGUAACCUCUCACAUGACCCGACCCCUGAACGGACGCCUCUCUGUGUGCAUUUUGCCAACAACGGACGAUGCACUCGAGAAAAUUGUCACUUCCCGCACGUCCGUGUGGGACAGCAACGCGGCGUGUGUCGUGACUUCGCAGUACUUGGUUACUGCGCCAAGGGCCUCGACUGCGAGAUGCAACAUGUCAGAGAGUGCCCAGACUUUGCUGAGAAAGGAAGCUGCUCGACAAAGGGAUGCAAGCUUCCGCACGUCAUUCGUGCCAACCGCAACCGCAAGCCUCCAGCGCCAACAGCCUCAUUGACUUCGGAUAUUGCUGCUAUUACUUCUUCCACUGUCAUGCCUGGUUCUGAUACUAGUUCUGACAAUGUUUUGAGUUCACAGCAUGUCGCGGUCGAGGAUGCCCGGCUCGGGGAUGAGUAUAUUUCUCUUACGUUCAAUGAAAGUGAGGAAGAAAGCGAUGAUGAUGACGAAGAGGAUAACGGUGACGAGGAAGAGGGCUUAAGCCCCACCGACGAAGUAGAUGGUUCAGACGACGGUUUACUGCCCUAA